GAGAGAUAGCAAAAUAAAAAGGACAGACCAAUAGACAGUCGGACAGACAGAGAAAAAAAAGGAAAAAUCAAAAAUAUUUAUAUAUAUCAUUAUUCCUCCUUUAUCCUUAUUAACAUUCAAAAAUAUGAAAAAAUUGAAUAUAUUGAUUACGUAAUUUAUUCUAUUCGAAAAUAGUCAUGAAGAUUGUUCUCUUUGGUCCUAGAAAUUCGGGAAAAUCGACAAUAGCGAAUUAUAUUGCCGCCAUAGAACCCUAUUCAAUACAUAAACGAGGUCUUAAACCUACGAAGGGCGUUCGAAUAAUCGAAUUCGAUGCAAAAGACGUCCUUUUGAGAGUCGGAAAAAGGAAAUGUGAUAUUGAACUUUGGGAUGUUGGAGAGCCCAAAACAGAAUUUAUGAAGAGCAUAUUUCGUAAUGCAGACGGCGUUAUCAUAGUUUUCGAUUUUCUAGACGGCGAUUACAAUGAGUUACAUCAAAUCUGGAUUAAUAUAGAAAAAUCUUUAUUAUGGGCCAAAAAACCUGUACAAUGCUCAUUAUUUGUCGUUAACAAAACAACAGCAGGAACCUUGAAAAUGCUCCCAACACACCAAAUCGAUUUAAAACUUAACCCCGAAUCGAUUCGUUCUGAAUUCAUUAUAGCCUACAAUAAACUUUUGAAAGAGGAUGUUUACGAAGUAGAAGAAGAAAGUGAAGAAGAAAAAGUGGUAAAAGACAGCAAACUCAUCAACUUUUAAAGCCAUAUACAAUACCUCAUUUGAUGUUUAACAAGCAUAUUGUAUGCAAUAUACAAUACACUUUACGUAUUUAGUUCGGCACA